CCGGCGGAGCGGUGCCACGGCACGGCGCGGUGCCACGGCCGCGGGGCCGGCCCCGCGCGGAAGGCGGAAAUCCCCGGCGGGGGGAGGCGUGGGAGGGAAAGGGGAAUGGCCUAAACCGGGUGGCCGUGGGCUCGGCACGGCACGGCACGGCACGGCACGGCUCGGGCGGCCUCCCGCGCCGCUGCGAUGGAGCCCCGAGGUUACGGGUUUCUGUUACUGCUCCUUCAUAUCCUGAGAGCUGUUAUCGCACUGGAGGAGAAGGUCAUUGUCAGUAAGCUUGGAGACAACGCUACACUGAGUUGCAUUUAUCGAGGAACAGAAUUGCACUUAAAAAACCUACGGGUAUAUUGGCAAAUAGCUGAUGAUCAAGAAAAGUGUUCAGUGGUACAUGCACUGAUCGCCGGUCAAGAUAAUGAAAGUGAACAGUGUAUUAAUUUUAAAAACAGGACUCAGUUAUUCUGGGAUAGAUUGGAAAAUGGCGAUUUUUCACUGCUACUGCUAAAUGUCAGCCAGAGUGAUGAACGUACGUACAAAUGUGUAGUACUGCAGAAAAGUGAAUAUACAAGAAUGGUUCACCAGGCAGAAGUGGUUCUCAGUUUAGCAGCUAGUUAUAGCCAACCAAUACUCAGUGGACCAAUAAGAAACAGUGACAGCACUGGAGAGGAGGUGACUUUCAGCUGCAGGUCUGGCAAUGGAUACCCAGAGCCCAAUGUUUAUUGGAUAAAUAAAACGGAUAACAGCCACCUGCCUCCAUCAGAGCUAACAAUCACCCCCCACGCCGAUGGCACUUACAGUGUUUUUAGCACGCUGAAGGUUAAAGCCACUUCUAACAUGCAAAUAGAGUGCUCCGUAGAAAAUAAAAUACUGCGGGAAAAUCUAUCAGCCAACUACACACAGCAGAAGCAAAGCAAUGGUUCUAGCACAGAAAGUCACAAAAACCUGGAAAAAAAUGUACGAGGUGCUCAAGCAGCUGGCAUCGUUUCCAUUGUUAUUCUGAUAGGUCUUCUAGCUGUUUUAACCUGCUGGCUGUGGAGACGGAGGUCCUCCAAACUAGUGUCCUACACAGAUGUCCAGUCAAAUGAAGAGAAAGGAGAACUCAACUCACCUGUCUAAAUGGAAAGUCUGACAACGAUUUGGGCAGCUGGAGAUGUGUCAAGAGAAGCAUCACCCCCCAUCUCAGUGGCAGCAUUGCUUGCAAUACAAGUGACAGAUUUCUGCAGAGCAUGCCAAGAGAGAUGGCAAAAAAAAUUUCUCCAACACAAGAGACAGCAAAAUCCACUGGAUUUCUGUUCCACCAGAGGCUGUGUCCACACAACAGUUGUGUCACCAGACCAGCUAUCCACUUUGGACAGUCCUCCGGGAUAGUCUGUCAAUGUUUUGAGCUCUUGCACAGGGGAAGACAAUAGGCCUGGGACUUAGCUACUCUGUGCCAGACCACAGAGAGCUGGUGAGUGCCCAGUCUCUCGUCGUCACCUUUGAGGACUUAGUAGCAGAAGCAGCUGCGUUUCAGGAGUGUGGAAAGUUCUUGCUGUGUCUCCUUACACCAAUGAUGACUACUGAAUGUGAAGAAAGGCAGCUUAAAAAAAAAGAAAGAAAACUGAAGGACUCUCUGCAAAGUGAGAUUUCUGGCCUUUUCCACCUUUCUCUACAGUACGUCCUUGCGUUGUCUGGUUUCACCAGCUGUAUGGUAUUGUGUAUAGAACUAGGUAGAACAUUUUGACCCAGUCCUCCAAAAAUGGGAAUUGCUCUGAUGGGGUUAAGCACUGAAUGUGUUAACAUAAGGGAACGUGUGUUCUUUAAAUGCACUUGAUAUCAACAUUUUGUUUUUUACCAAAUAUUCCACUGAAAAGGGGACUUCCACUUUUGACAGAAGCCAGUGCAUACUUAUGUAGAAAAAUAGGCUGUAGAAAUCUGACUAAAAAUAGUGCUCCCUGCUAAGUUAGCGUUGGGUUACCUGAACUUACCCAUUUCGAGAUAGAACAAAAACUGUGGUCAAGCUCUGCUUGAUUCAGCUGGUAUUUAUUUAAGCAUUACCCCGUGGCUUCCAGGGAGGAUUUUAAACUGAAAUUUUUAAACUGAACCUCUCCCUGUGUCCCAUCCCUCCACCCAAAAGAAAAAAAAAAAAAAAAAAAGCACGCAGACUAUAGCACUGUGUUGUCCAUGAAUGUCCAGAAAGCCAAGAACUGCAUUUUCCUUGUGCCAGUGCACGUGCCUUGCUGUUUCAGCCCCAAGUCAGCCAGGAGAAAGUGGUUGAAAAUGGAAAAGCAGUAAACUUUUCUGAUGGUAUGAGGUUUUUGAAGGAGGAAGAGGAAUCUAUACUAGCUCUUUUGCCUAGGUGGGGCAGGUUCCCCAUCUUGUCACAGUGAGGUAGAGAUGACGGUUUUAAACUGAGCUCUGGAGACACUUGGCUUCUCCUGCACUAGUUGCUAGACUAAAAUUCUACCAUCUUUGUGAAUAAGUCACAGCCUUGUUUGACCUAGCUCUGUGGGGGGGAGGCACUCCAGUGUCAGCUGUGAGAUAGGACAUUGACUUGUCAUAGCAAGAUCAGCUUUGAAAUGCCAGCCAAGUGAAAAUAAUUUUUGUCAUCCUGUUCUCCCAUCACGGGGAAUCCAGAACCACUUGGCAAUAGUAUAGUUAGCUUUUGUUGAGGCAGUACCCACCCAAGAAGACUCCGAGUUGGGUAGCUGUGCACCACUGCUGCGCCAGUACCUUGUGGGAGGGCUGCACAGGCUCAGCCUCAUGGCAUUCAAGAGAAGGGGCAGUUUAGCUCUCACUUGAUGCAAUCUAGACUUACUCACCAAUUUGAACAGGAUAGAGAAACCUUUUUUUUAAAAAAAAAGCUAAGGUGAAACGAAAUAAUUAAGCUCCUGUUUAGGUUAUAAGUAACGGUGUACAACUGUGUUUUUUAAAAGAUUGUUUAUCUAUUAAUGUCAAAAAAAGUAUAUUGCGUAUUUGAUAAUCUUCAAUGUCUGUGAAAAAUAUUGUUUUAUUUAUUAAUUUUACCUUUAUUAUCUGUUGCCUUCCAAUCUACAACUGUAAUGUACCCUAUCAGGUAGGGCAUUUAGCUCACAGUGUUCAUCAGAUAAGAUUACUGAGGUGCUGUAAGUUACUUUAAAUGCCAGCCUUUCCUUGUCUUCUCUCAUGUCCAUUAAUCUAGGUGUUAGAUAUUUUCUGAGCCCAUGUCUAGUCUUCAAUGAACCCGAGGGAAUUUGCUUGAAGAAAGCAUGCAAGCUUGCAGACACCUUAAAAAUGUGAGUAACAGCUGUGCGGAUGUGAAGGGUAACCAUUUCCUAGUGGUUCACUAAGAAAUGCUGCAGACAUUUCCUCGCUAUCUCAUGGCGUUGUUUUGCACAGCCUCUCUGGUGCUGCUGUAACUGACAGAAGCCUUUUCUAAAAACAGUUUUCCAUCUUCAUAUCCUGCCACUGCAAGAAGCUGUAACGGUUUAGAGAUGCAAGAAGUGACCUAGAAGUCUCUUCGCAAUAUUUUGUUAAGCUAAUUUAGACCAUUUGGAUUUUCUUACUUCUGGGCUACUUCAUGGUACGUAGUGAAUACAUCUAAAUGCAACAGCCUGCUCUUGCAAAAUCCAUAUUUUUGAUAGGUAUAGGUUUCCAGCUAUUUUUAGAAGCAAGUAAAUCCUAAAUGACAGUUGUUUGUUACCAUUCAAAGGACAUGAAAAUUUUGUGGUAACAGAGUUUGUCAUCAUAUACCAUGUUUGUAUUUUAAAUAAAAUUCAUUCAUUCUUCUGG